AUGAAGAGUGUGGAGCUUUCGUCUGUGGAAGAUUACACUCAGAAAUGGGUAAAACAGCCACUCGGUUUUAGACUUUUAAACUGGAAGAAACGAAUACCAGAGUCUGAAAAAAAGGCAACAAAGGACAACACAGUGCUCAGUUUUGUGCUUCUGGAUGCUCAGGAAUGGGAUGUGAACGUCCCUACAGAGAUGAAGGUCCUGUCCGGGUCCUGUGUGGACGUCCCCUGCACCUUCACCCACCCGUCCUCACACCGGCCCUCAGAAAUCGCCUGGUACAGUUACUCCUCCACCCAGUACCCUCUGGUGUACAGCUGGAGGACCCAGGAGAUCAUCGAGCCGUUCCGCGGGAGAACUCAGCUCUCUGGUGAUGUGAAUAAAGGGACCUGCAGCCUGAGGAUCACCGAUGUUAAACCAGCAAUGAACGGGUAUCACCUGUACCCCUGGAUCGAUCCGGAUCACGUCAAACACACCUUCUACCACAAAACCGUCAAACUCAACGUCCAAGAGACCUCACCACCAGUACAGCUGACUGUUGAUGGAAACCCGGAGGAGGGGGGCACUAUCAGUAUUACCUGUUCGGUGGUGCACACCUGUCCAUCAUCCCCCCCUAUUCUUACAUUUGGUGGAAUAAGUGGAGAGAUCCAGAAUAACCAGACUGAUCUGGGAUCAGGCAGCUGGAGAACCCAGAGCACCAUUUCCUUCCCCACCAGGGUCAGUGAUCAGGGCAGGGAGGUGGGCUGCUGGGUCCAACAUUCGGGCAGGCGGUCGGUGCCAUCCUGGAUUGAUGUAAAUGUAAACUAUGCUCCUCGGUCGGUGCAUGUCUCUGGUGAGAGCAGUACAGUGGUGGUGGGUGGGAGCAUCACUCUGGAGUGCCGCAGUAACGCUAAUCCCCCCGCCUCCUCCUUCCUCUGGUACCUCCAGCGCUCCGGAUCUAUCAGUUCACUGAUGUUCAGAGAGCAGAGCAUCACCAUCACUGACCUCCAGCCCGACCAGAACAGCUUCUACUGCACCGCCCACAGCUCCCUCGGAGUCGCCAACUCUUCAUCACCCUUCAUCAUCAGCGGAGAGUAUCAGCCCAUCAUAUCAUCUGAAUCCAGUUGUAUCAUCGGCGGCCGGGUCUUGUGGUGCUGGUGUAAGGUCCAGUCCCUGCCCAACGCCACGGUGGAGUGGAGGAUAGAGGGAAGACCUCCUCAGUUUGCCCUCAGCGACAUGGAAGAGUUCAGCGUUCUCCAGAACCACACACUGAGAGGAAAGCUUAGCAUUAGCAAAGCCGUGCUUCACAUCGGCGUGACCUGCAGAGCCUCCAAUGAUCACGGCCAGCAGAACCACACCCUGAUUAUUAAAGCUCCUCCUCAGAACGUAUCUAUUACCCUGCAGCCGUCCCGGGUUCUGGAGGGUCAGUCUCUGCUCCUGUCCUGCUAUAAUCACGCCUUCCCCGCAGUGCUGUCCUACAGCUGGUACCGGGACGAGGGGAGCGGGACGGUCCUGCUCAGAGAGAGAUCAGAGAACCUCUACCUGCAGGUUACGGGACGAUACAUGGGGCCGUUCCGCUGCUCGGCUAUUAAUCAGAUCGGAGAGGGCAGAUCCGACAGCACUCUGAUUCAGGUAGACUUUGCUCCAGUCAUUUCUCCGAACUCCACCUGCUCUCUGGAUCACGGUGUGGUUUGGUGUGAGUGUGUGGUGGAGUCGUAUCCAGUGGCUACAGUGAUCUGGACCGCCCCCAGCGUUGUUGAAUCCAGUCAGGCUGUGAGUGUUGACCCCUACGGGCCUCUGAGGGCGACUCUUACUGGGCACGUGCGGAGUGGGCAGGCUCGCCUGAUUACCUGCCACGCCACCAACCAGCACGGCCGGGUAUCCCUACAGCUCCUGCUCAAAGACCCUUCCGCCAUGUCCUCGUCCUCCCUCGUGGCCGCAGGGUGUGGAGCUGUUGCUGUAGCGCUCCUGACUGCUGCAGUUUUCUACUGGAUACGGAAAAGGAGGAGGAAUGGCAGUCAGGAUAAUGUAGGGGUGGAGGUUGUGAGGUACAGGAAUAAUCAAAAAAAGGCUGAUCUCAGGACAACAUAGCAGCAGGUGAUUUCCAGUCUGAGCCCGUGUUUUAUAGGCUGUAAGCAUCCUUUCAUGGUGGAAAUGUAGAAGGACCCACUACCACUGGCUGUUCUAGGGGGCGGGGCCACAGGCGCACUGACCCAAGCUGAAAUCUAAUUGGCCCCCUGUCUUGUCACUCAUCUGCCCUUUGCAUGAGAAUGAUUAUCAGAUUAUAGAUGGAAAUAGGAAUAGGAAUGUCCAGAGUUGAUCAGCGCUGAGAUUACAUAAAAGACAUUUUUUGUUUGUUUGAUGUUUUGUACUGUCAGUGUUUGUA